UGAAUCUCCAACUAUUACCUCUUGUUACCGAGAAAAGAGUGGUUACACUAAAGCCAAGUGAUAACGAUACCUUUACUUUUCCCCUUCUGCAUUUAUCUCAAGGACCACAUGUUGAACUUAAAAUAUUGAACAUGCAAAUAAUGAGAAAUUCAAACAACUCAACAGAACACAAAGAACAGGAAAAACAGUCAGUGUAGAAGGAAAAGAAGGCCGCUGGUGUCUGAAGUAACUAAGGAAGCUCUAUAUAUGCUACUUGUUUGAAUCCUCUGUCAGUGAAUUUAUUUUUUUAUUGAUAGGCAUUUUUAAUGAUCUAUUACAAUGCGAAAAUAGGAUAAUAUAUCUGCAAUCUACAUUGACAGAAACAACAAAGGAGAAGGAUGUGCUUUCUUGGAAGAUUCAGGAUCAAGCGAUCACCUUCUAUUCCAGCUGCAUCGCCAUCAAGAGAUACAGGAGAGGUCGUGCAAGAUUCUAAUGUACAAAUUUUCAUGGCUUCUGCAGCUGAUGAAAUUGCUGCAGACAUUUUUGAUCAGCCCUCUUGUAGUACUUCUAAAUAUACUUGUCAGAGAGAAGACGAGUCCCGAGAUUUCUCAAGCAUUUAUUGUAAAUACAAUGCUCCUCCAUUAGUACCUAACUGGAGAAGGUUAAUCCAAGAAGUGGCUGCCACCAAAAUCCAAAAUGCCUUCAGGGGUUAUCUAGCAAGAAAAGUUGCAAGGGCAUUAAAGGGAAUUGUCAGGCUUCAAGCUACUAUCAGAGGCAUACUUGUCCGACGACAAGCUAGAAAGACACUUAAUAAAUUGCAAUCAAUAGCAAAUAUACAGUCACAGGUACGCGCAAAAAGAAGCCAAAUGUUGGAUGAUCCGUCUUGUUCCAAAGACAAGGACAUUAAGAUUGAUUUAAAAAGUCAGAGAAGGUGGGAUGACAGUCUUCUGACAAAAGAAGAGGAAAAUGAUCUUUGCUCAAGCAAGAGAAUGGCUGCUAUCAAAAGAGAAAGGAUAAAACAGUUCUCUUUUAGGAAUAGAAGGCCAGCAGGACUAGAACAGAACAAAAUAGAUGGAAGAUGGAGAUACUGGUUAGAACAAUGUGUGGACACUAGGAUAUCAAAAAGGGAAGAUCUGCAAAACUUAGUAUCAGUUUUUUCAACUAGGGAAAGAAUAAAACACGAAGAACCUGGGAAAGAACAAGUGAAGUCCCAAAAUUUACAGAAGCAAUGCCACUACAAAGAAUCAGAAUUGCCAGCCACAAGAUUGGUCCAUCUUCAAAAGCAACAUCCAAUUGGAAAUAGAUAUUCUGCUGGAGGAGGAUCUCUUGCUGUUCCUACUUACAUGGCUGCUACAGUAUCUGCCAAGGCAAAAGUUAGAUCAAUGAGUUCACCAAGACUAAGGCCUAUGAGCUUCAACUCGAAUUCUGUAACAUUCUCUCCUUACAAGCACAAGUCAUCACCUAUAUCUUCAAUUAAUAGUGAUUUGACAACUAUAAGCAUGUUCAACAGACCUAGCCAUCGCUAUUCACAGAGAUCUCCAUGCCUUGAAGGGCCUGUAUCUAAGAGAAAUUCCAAGUAAUUUAGCACUGAAUGAACAUUAUGUAAAUUGUUCUCUCCUUCCUGCUUCAUAUCAUGAUGUGAUUAACAAUGUUCAUGUGUUUUUCCCUUUACAUUUUGGUGAUGUGAUUCCUUAAAUGCUUAAAUUUGUGCUUAGAUUUUCAAGGAUAUUACAUGCAGUGCUGAGUGCUGCUAGUCAAUUUAAGAGCAUUCAAGUUGUUAACUUGAUCUGAAUGAACUAUCAAGUGUGAAUAUAUGCAGUAUGUAUGCCCUCA